UACUCCCCCCCAAACACCCUCCCUCCUCCCUCCUCCUCCUCCUUUAUCCUCCUCUUCUCCCCUCUUUUAUCCGAGUGUUUGUGGCCCCCUCAGUCUCAGAGCGACUCGGAGCCGAGGAGCGUCACAUGCCACAAUGAGUGUCCUGCCAUAUUGUGUCCUCAUCCUCCUCCUCCUCAUCCCCAUCCUCACUGAAGCUAAACGCCAACCAGGGCAGGAGAAGCCUGACAAACCCCGUCAGCCUCCUCCAUCACCUCAACCGGCCAAGAGACCCAGAAAUCGCUCCGUGCCAGGCUCCGGAGAGCUGACCUCCAAGGAGGGGCAUCGCUGCGUUUGGCAGACAUCAGGUGAAGGUCUGGUGAGCCUGCUGGUGAACUGCAGCAUUGAAACACAAGGAGACCUGCAAAGGUAUUGGUGUCGUUACGCUGGUAAACCAGACCUCUGCCAGGCCUAUGGGGUGAAGUCCAGCCAGUACUGGAAGCAGCUGGUGGGAAAGCUGAAGAAAAGGCAGAAUGCCUGCGAAGGGGAAAAAGUCCUGAAGGCCAAAACCUGCAAGAAGGCGCCCGCAGAGGCCCACAUGAAGCUCGCUCAGCGCAGCGGGGAAGACGACAAGAAGGGAGGGAAGGAAGGAGGGAAGAAGAAACCAGCUGGGAAGAGUGUAGGAGGAGGAAGGAUGGACAAAAGGAAGAAGAAGGAAGAGGAGACAGAGGAGAAGAAGAAGAGGAGGGAGGAAAGGACUGAGGCUGAGGAUGAGGAGGGAAUGCAGAGUGACAUGGAGCCGGUGCAGGCUUACUGCAGCGAGGGCUGGCACUCGGUCUGCUCCUUCUUUGUCAAGUUCUUUGAAGGCUGAUGAGAAAUUAUUUUGGAUUUAUGAUGGUGCGAAUUCACAAUCUGAAAACAACACUGGAAAUCAUGUUCUUAGUCUCAUGGGAAGAAUCAGGCAGCUCGUUUAUAACAAUAUAUAUAUUCUUUAAUUUCAUUUUCAACAUGGAGCUGCUUUAAUAAACAAAUAUACCCAACGUUAUCUUAUAUUUGGACACAAAAACUUUGAUAACAUCAGCUUUUUAUAGAGUCUGACUUUUUUCUCUAACCAAUUAGCCCCAUGGCAUCUACUUAGCUAUGCUACAGUGGAGAGAUAAUUACUACCAGGUAAUAUAAAUUAUGCAAAACCAUUAAAAUUAAAGGUGUUAAUGUUCAAUGAACACGAUUAAUUUAUUAGAAAAUCAUUAGAGACUGUUAAUUUAACCUGAAAUGGGAAAGAGUCGAGCUAUAAAGGUACUUUUUAUAAUAACCUUCAGUGAGUGUGUCAGGCUUUCCAGGUGUGUUUUAAUAUUUGUUUUCAGUUCAGCUCACAUUUCAUCAAUGCAGGACUCACUGCUACAGUUGGCUUUACACAAAACGUCUCAUCAGCAUGAGGCUAACAGUAUUUUAGACAUAAAGUCAAAGUUUGGUUAAAUUCUGUUCAUCACUUCAGUUCAUUUUAGAAGGUUUUUAAAUAUUUUUAAACCCCAUAAUUCGCAUCAAGUUUCUUUAUUUGGAAAAAAUAAACUUUUUGUUUGGUUAUGUUUAGAUCUCGGACGUGUCUUGCCAUCGUAGAUGUGUUUUCUAGAACUCAGAAGAAACUGAAAAGUUAUUUUAUGUCCAAAUUUUCUGAUAAUAAAUAAAUGUAAUAAUUCUGUGGGCAACAAUCAGUCAGUGAGAAUAGUGAUUCUUAAGUUUAAUCAUGUGUAUUUUAGUACUUCUUGUUUUCUUGAUGUGAAACUUUUUUAUACACUUUGUGUAACUUUUUCUAAAUGACUGUUAACAAUGUUGGAACUCGACAAUAAAGUGCUUCAAAUUUCCCUUUCUAA